AGAGGGCCAAAUGUGAACUGCGUUGACAGUACUGGAUACACUCCACUGCACCAUGCUGCUUUGAAUGGUCAUAAGGAUGUGGUGGAAGUUCUGCUGAGGAACGACGCACUAACCAACGUAGCAGACUGUAAAGGCUGUUACCCUCUUCACCUGGCAGCUUGGAAGGGAGAUGCAGACAUAGUGAAGCUCCUCAUCCACCAGGGACCUUCGCAUACUAAAGUGAAUGAGCAGAAUGCUCUUGAGAUCAAAGAACUCAAAAAGUACGGCCCCUUUGACCCAUAUAUCAAUGCCAAGAACAACGACAACGAGACGGCGCUGCACUGCGCCGCGCAGUACGGCCACACAGAGGUGGUGAAGGUCCUUCUGGAGGAGCUGACCGACCCCACCAUGCGCAAUAACAAGUUUGAGACUCCUCUGGACCUGGCCGCGCUCUAUGGGAGGCUGGAAGUCGUGAAGAUGCUCUUGAACGCUCACCCCAAUCUUUUAAGCUGCAACACUAAGAAACACACUCCCCUGCACUUGGCAGCUAGGAAUGGUCACAAAACUGUGGUCCAUGUCCUCCUGGAUGCUGGCAUGGAUAGCAACUAUCAGACUGAAAAGGGCAGUGCUUUGCACGAAGCUGCUUUGUUUGGCAAGACAGAUGUGGUACAAAUAUUGCUGGCCGCAGGUAUUGAUGUGAACAUAAAGGAUAACAGAGGCCUGACAGCUCUGGAUAUUGUGAGGGAACUUCCUUCUCAGAAAAGCCAACACAUAGCAGCUCUCAUCGAAGAUUACACGAUCGGGAAGAAAAGUGCCAAAGCUGCAGAGAAGACUGUUCAAGCGCCGCUUGUUCCAGCCGCUGAUCCUGUGUGCCAGAUAUCUCAGGGUGAUGUGGAGAAAGCAGUUACAGAACUGAUCAUAGAUUUUGAUGUGAACCCAGAAGAGGAGAGCCCGUAUGAAGCUUUAUACAAUGCAACAUCCUGCCACUCCCUGGACAGCCUUGCCAGUGGGAGAUCUUCAGAUCGAGAGUCUGUGAAUAAGGAAGCGGAAUCGGCUGGUCUCAAAGCAGCAGGAGUCAGGCCUAGAGAACGUCCACCCCCGCCUGCCAAGCCUCCACCUGAUGAAGAGGAGGAUCAGCACGUGGAGAAGAAGAUAGGCCAUGGUGCUUCCUGUGAGGCCUCUGUUGCACGAGGAAAGAGCAGGGGAAGUGGAGCUGAGGAAGAGGAACACCCUUACGAGCUGUUGCUUACAGCAGAAACUAAAAAGCCAGUUGCGGUGGAUAGGAAAACAAAAGACCACAGGAGGAGCAGUGGCAGCCGCAGCCAGGACUCUGCCGACGGCCAGGACAUCCAGGUUCCAGAGCAGUUUUCAGGGUUGCUUCACGGUUCUUCCCCGAUCUGUGAGAUAAGUGAGGACCCUUUCAGGCUUGUUUCCUCCGCAGAGAAAGGAGGCACGGAAGCUACAAGCCACCCACCUGCUAUGCAGCUGGAGGAUGCUGACUUACCUGCCUCUGGAUCAGUACGGACCAGCUCUCCAGACCAAAACCAGAAAGUGGUCUACGCAACCAUCCAGCACACGCACGUCAACCGGGCGGAUCCUGAAACUGUAGUCACGCCCCACGUGCUACAGCACCCCGGUGGUGCUGAGGAAGAGGGGGACAGAGCUGUGGGCAGAGCCCACCCGGGGAGCAAGCCCAAAGCCGAGCUUAAACUCAGCCGCAGCUUGUCCAAAUCGGACUCUGAUCUUCUGACCUGCUCUCCGACAGAGGACGAUGCCAUGGGGAGCCGGAGCGAAUCGCUCUCGAACUGCAGCACUGGGAAGAAGAGGCUGGAGAAGUCCCCGUCCUUUGCUUCAGAGUGGGAUGAGAUUGAGAAAAUCAUGAGUUCCAUCGGCGAAGGCAUUGACUUUUCUCAGGAGCAGCAGAGGAUCUCAGGUUCGCGGAUGCUGGAGCAGAGUGUCGGGGAGUGGCUGGAGUCCAUUGGCCUGCAGCAAUAUGAGAGUAAGCUGCUUUUGAACGGCUUUGAUGAUGUCCGCUUCCUGGGCUGUAAUGUCAUGGAAGACCAGGACCUUCGGGACAUCGGGAUCGGUGACCCGCAGCACCGUCGGAAGCUCCUCCAGGCUGCUCGCUCCCUCCCGAAGUUGAAACCCCUGGGCUGUGAUGGGAACAGCCAGCCUUCGGUUCCCGCAUGGCUCGACUCUUUGGGGCUGCAGGAUUACAUUCAGUCCUUCCUCUCGAGUGGCUACAGCUCUAUCGACACUGUGAAAAACCUCUGGGAGCUUGAAAUAGUAAACGUGUUGAAAGUGAAUCUGCUCGGCCAUCGGAAGAGGAUCAUUGCCUCCCUGGCAGACAGACCGUACGAGGAGCCACCGGCAAAGCCGCCGCGGUUCUCGCAGCUGAGAUGCCAGGACUUGAUGUCCCAGACGUCAUCGCCCCUGAGCCAGAACGACUCCUGCACCGGCAGAUCGGCCGAUCUCCUGCUGCCCUCCGGGGACACCGGGAAGAGGCAACACGACCGUGGCACCGAGGUUGCUCCUUACUCCAGAGCUGAGCGCUACAAAGCACAGGAGGACCGCCGGGAGUCAAAGCUGACCCUGCGCCCCCCCAGCCUGGCUGCCCCGUACGCCCCAGUCCAAAACUGGCAGCACCAGCCGGAGAAGCUCAUCUUCGAGUCCUGCGGGUAUGAGGCCAACUACUUGGGCUCCAUGUUGAUCAAAGACCUCCGAGGGACGGAGUCUACGCAGGACGCCUGUGCCAAGAUGAGGAAAUCCACAGAGCAUAUGAAGAAGAUCCCGACCAUAAUACUGUCCAUCACGUACAAGGGGGUGAAGUUCAUCGAUGCCUCUAACAAGAAUGUCAUUGCUGAGCACGAGAUCCGGAACAUCUCCUGCGCUGCUCAGGACCCUGAGGAUCUCUGCACGUUCGCCUACAUCACCAAGGACCUGCAGACCAGCCACCACUACUGCCACGUCUUCAGCACCGUGGAUGUGAACCUGACGUACGAGAUCAUCCUCACGUUGGGGCAGGCGUUCGAGGUCGCCUACCAGCUGGCCCUCCAAGCCCAGAGGGCGAAGCCCCUGGGUGCUGCAGCAGGAGAAAUGAUCGAAACAAAAUCUUCCAAACCGGUGCCUAAACCGCGAGCCGGCAUGAGGAAAUCUGCACUGGAGCCCCCCGAAGUGGACCAAGACUCCCAGUCUCAUGCCAGUGUCUCCUGGGUCGUGGACCCCAAACAGGACUCCAAGCGGACCCUCAGCACUAAGUAUGAGACCACUAUCUUCUAAAGCAAACACACCCCGUGUCCACCUAGUCUAACCGUGCCUUUGCGAUCUGAUCUGUCUGCUGUUCUAAACUGCCUCUUCCUCCAGCUGCUCGCACUGAGCCCCGCGUAGGCACUACGUCAAAGGCAGCAGCACUUAGGAGACUGUAGACUUAAACGGCUUUUGUACCUGAUCACUACUGAACACUGUGAAUUCUCCUUACUCGGAAACAAGGGUAACACGCUGUUAGAUAUCUGUGAGGUGGGAGGUGCAGAGGGAUGCAGGCUGGGGGAAUCGGAGGUGUGGAUCCAGGAAGCCGCCUGCUGUUUUCACGUCUUUCCCCUCGCUCUGGCACUGUGAAUCCCUGGGGCAACGUGACACUCCCCAGGCCUUUUUUUCUAUUUCACCUUCUUAUCCUUGGACUGAUGGAGACCUCUUGUCUCCGCGGUGCACGCACUCCCUCCUCCUAGAUCCUCUUCUUCCCGACUGAGCCACGGCUGCGUACUGUUCCAGUGAACUCACCCCUCUUCUUACCUGCCAUUCGAAUUGACACUAACCACUGUGAUGCUGUCUGCAAAUAACACACGUUCACUAGGUUUCCUCGCGGGGACCCUUGCCCACAAUCUCUCCCCUCGAAGCCUGGAGCAGAAAACCUGCUCUGAUGGGAGCGCUGGUUUGGGCCGGCUGCGAUCGUUCCCACUGUGAGCUUUGUCCCCUCUCAGGGGGUGAGAUGAGGUGCCGUUUUGCUUGCAUGCAUUUCAGUCCCUUGUAGGAUUUUUUCCCCCCCCCGUAGUCCUUCUGUUUACACUCACCAAAUUUCUCGUGAGCUGUGGGCGUAGUUCUCACUUGGCAGAUUGUAAAGAGGCGAAGCUUUUAAAGGCAGAUGUUGUUAGCCCCAUGUUGGGAAGGAAAGGUGUUUGAGAGGGGCUGGGUACCUUUAGAGGGCUGAUAAAGCAGACGGAGCUCUGCUGUGUUCAGCAGGCUUACUGCAGGUGUGCUUUUUUUGCCAAAGGGAGAGAUGUGAUUGAAAUCAGUCUGCUGCCGAUCCCAAAGUUUCCAGUCUACAAACCAUUGCACAAUGAGGGCUAUAGGGAUCUUGAAACAUCUGUCGCCUUCCGUCCUUGAGAGCGAGGAUUUCACUUAGAGGUGACCCUGCGUCAGUGGGCACCUCUGCCUUUUCUGGCUGUUUCUCAAGUGCGCAUGUUUUUCCUCUGGGAAAAUGUCCCCGUUUCUGUGUAUCUCAGCAGAAGCAGCUUUUAAUUCCAGAAUAUGACUGGGAAUCAUUUGCAUGAGACUGCAGGGCACUUGGCACAGGUCGGAGCAGAGCUGGGACAGGUCUGGGAAUGCCAUGCAGCAGUUCACCACCCUGUGAAAGCCCCAGCGAGCCGUCCGUGGUCCUAACCCUGGUUCCUUCGCUUGCGUUUGCAAAGCUCGCUGAGAUGAAACUGAGGAGGAGGAGGAGGAGGAGUAUGAUCUGUCGAAUAACAGCGCUGGGAGGCAGGACUCCUGCCCCGGUGCUGCUUCUCCCUGACUUGCUGUGCGUCCAAGCAACUUCGCCUCUCUUUGCCUCAGUUUCCCCGUGUACGGGAUGGGGACGUACUUGCCUACCUCUCGGGAGGUGUAAGGCUCGCUCCAUUUGCAGAGCAGUUUUAAGACCCUUUAGCGAAAGGUGCUGCAACUUUCACGCCGUGGCAGCAAACCCCCGACGCUCAGCCUCGCUCUCCUGGCAGAUGAAGUACUUAACUCGCGCAGACGGCCUCGUAGCAAAGCUGCCUCUUGGACCCCGACCAGCUCCUCGCAGGCAGCGGCUGUCGCACCUUUCCCGGGGAAGAGGGGCUGCAGCCGUGCGGUAGUUGGGCUGCACAAAGCUCGCUGCUGUGCCUCUUGAUGUGAGUGUCUGAACUCACCGUGGGUUUCGCAUCUUGGCAAAAUCCCCUCGCAGCCCAGUUUUGGAGAGCCGGUGGUGAGAGCGGGUCUGUGUUAGAGAGUCGUGAAGAGAGGUGGACGACAGCUACCUGCGCAUCUCUGCAUGAGAUGUCUGGGUGGACAUCUUAAACGGGGAAGAGGAUGCACUCAGAUCUCCAGUAAAGCUCCAUUUGCAAAAUAGCUCUUAGAAUUUACCCCAAAUCUCCCUUUGCGAUCACCAGUUGGCAUCAGUGGGGAGCGGUCAGAACAGCAGCCCUGGGUUAUUUAUACACCUGGUGUUCAGGGGCUAGAACAAGCUUGUCCGAGUUUUGCCGGGGCUUCAGAGCUGUUGCCUGACAGCUUGUGUUUCCCCAGACUUGUGGUGAAAUCUGAUGUUUCAAAAUCUUUAUUUAGCUCUUUCUCAGCAAUGAGUUUGAUCUCCCAAGUCAUUUGUGGCUUAAUGGCACUGAGCGGCAAACUGACUUCAAAAUAAGGGCCAGGCUAGUAAGAACCCAAGUGAGAAGACUCAGAGGAUUGUCUUAAAGCGAAAAAAAAAAAAAUAAAAGGAAAGCUCAGUCUCGUACAUAUAUUUCACAUGCCAUGGAGCCCCUUAAUGUCGAGCCAGCGCUCCUCUGCCUAAAGACCCCCGAAGCAGAGGUCGCGCUGCAGUUGCCCGGUGCUGCAGUGCCGUCCUGCCGGCCGGAGCACUGUGGAUGACAGAACAUUGCCGUGUCUGAGGUGCUCCGAGAGGUUGGGUUUGGGUUUGAUCAACUUCUUUCCAAGCUGUAAGAGUGCCCCGAGGGUUUCUAUACCCUUCAAAGAGAAACUGAAUUCAUGAUGGCGAUGGUAGUGCAGUUUCUAUGUGUAAGCAUUUGGCAUGCAGUUGCCCACACGUACGCCUGGCUUUAGAGGGUCUGAGCUCUUGCAUCUCCCCCUGCUUUCAGCUGGGAAGGGCAGGUUCCUCAGCACCUCCUAAAACCGGGUCACUAGAGCAUGUGCCUUUCUAAGGGUGACCAUCCAAACCCAGCUGGGGUCACAGGCAGCCCUGCCUGAACUACAAAGCUUCCGCUGUGUGUCCAUAACCCUCACGGUUGUGUCUCACCUCCUGGCCGUAUGCCUCGUCUUUCCCAGCACUUGUUUUUGUAUGACUCGGAAAUCAUUCAUUCCAUUAUCUUCCUUUCUGUUUGCCUCUGAAAAGCUGAUCUCCGGGCAGCUGUCUCCUACCACGGAAAUGUAGUAACGGGGCAGAGACCUAAGAAGCAGUGGCCUGCUGACACGAAGAUCAUCUCCAUCUGGCACGGGUGUCUGCCUCGGAGUGGGUGCAUGGCUGCUCAGUGAGGGCUCCCAAAGCAGAGGGGGGAAAGGGAUCCCAGCCACCAGCUGAGAGAAGCAGCUCUCUCCAUUUCUAGCAAAGGAAAGUUGAGACUUCCGAGGCCGAGAGCGAUGUCACCUUUUCUAGUUUGAGACAAACGUCUUUCGACCCGUUUCUUCUUUAAUGUGUGAAAUGAUACAGAGCAAAUCCAGUUCACGGUUUA